AAUUAUCACGACUGUCCAACGAGGCGACAGGCCUACAGGCGCGGAUCGUACGGCAGAGAUCGAGCUCCUCGGCGCUCUUCUCUGCUGCGGUCCCACUGCGCAGGUUGUUACAGCGCUCCUAAACUCCCUGUGACCGACUUCUCUUUGAAGCUCAACAAACCAACCACAAUGGCCAUCUCUGCUCGCUCCAGCAUCAAGAUGCAGGCUGCGCGCCCUGCUCGCGCCACCACCGUGGUGGUCCGCGCUUCGGCCGGCCGCCGUGAGCUGCUGGGCCUGGGCGCCCUGGCUCUGGGCCUGACCAUGACCCUGGCCCCCGUCGCCAACGCCGGCGUUGUUGAGGACCUGCAGGCCAAGUCGGCCGCCAACAAGGCCCUGAACGACAAGAAGCGCCUGGCCACCUCGUACGCCAACCUGGCCCGCUCUCGCACCGUGUACGACGGCACCUGCACCUUCCCCGAGAACUUCUUCGGCUGCGAGGAGCUGGCGUUCAACAAGGGCGUCAAGUUCAUUGCUGAGGACAUCAAGAUUGAGUGCGAGGGCAAGACCGCCAAGGAGUGCGGCUCCAAGUUCACCCUGCGCUCCAACUAAAUGCCUGGCAGAGGCUGACAACCUGCGAGUGCGCCACAACCUGGGGCACAGUGGGUCCUGGGCGGUCUAGCUGUUGGAGUGGACUCUUUCGCGGAGCCUGCAGCAGCACCGAUGGCAGCUUACGCGGGGGCUUGGAUUGUGGCGUUGGACGGAUCCGCGCGGCUUGAGCCGUUGCAGUUUUGUGCCGUCGUCGUUGGUGGCGGUUGGUGUGGGUGGCCGGGCGGUCGCCUUUGGGUGCCACGUCUCCCCUGCUGCAGCGCGCAGCGGGGACACCGCCGCCCUUUGCUGCAAGAGAGAGAAGAAAAUUUUGUCUGCGGCCGAGCCUCAGGCCGGAGCGCGUCGUGCGCACGUGGCGCGUGCCGGAGGAUCUCAGGGUCGAGCUGUCGGGCGUGUGUCUACUAGGGAGGAUAGCCGAGUGAGCUGUGUUCCGGUCACAGGACUUGGGCGGCGAGCGUGACGAUCGGCGCCGACAGAGCGAGAUCGCCACACAACAGGUUGCAUUGCUGAAUGCGGCGCGCCGUGCCGAGUUUGUGUGUGGUUGUAAGAUCAUACGUGCGCUUGGCACCACGCAUUCUUCGCCUUCAGCACGUUCACAGAAGCAGCAAAUGUCGACUUGGUCGGUGACUGUAUGUCGAUAUUGCAGUGAAUUUGCAGUGCCGUACCGUGCCGGUCAUGUGGGGAGUUCACAUCCACGGUGCGGAACCGCGGGAGGUGAGGGGCAGGCAGGGGGGGGAGGGGUGAGCCCGGGCGGGCGGGGGUAGCCCCUACGCCCCCAGGACCCACCCAAACGCUUGUCGAUGUCUCGAUGCACGCAACGAGCGGACGGCGGACUGUGAUGCAGACAGAUG